AUGGAUCAUGAUGGGAUGGGAGGCAGGGGAAUGGGGACUACUCGUCGGCACUACGAGGAGGAGGAAGAGCAUCACUCUAUCUACAUUGGCGUGCCCGUGCCGCGGAGCUACAGACGCAAGCGCCGCCGCCGCAGGUCCGAGUCUGGGCGGGACGGCAGCGACGUGGACCGCGAAAGGCGCCACGAAUCCCACAGACACGAGCACCACGACAGAGACGAGAGGGGCAGGUAUGACCCGGACGAUGGAGGACUGGACCCACAGGACAGGAACGCUCCUCUGGAUGUCAACUGCACAAUGUCCCCAGCAGCAGAGCGUUUGCGUUAUAUCCUGGGUGAUGAAGAAGAUGUUCCAACCCCGACCAUCUUCACGGAGAUGGACACACUUCAGCAUGAGGGUGAUGAGUUGGAGUGGAAGGAGUCUGCCAGGUGGGUGAAGUUUGAGGAGAAGGUGGAGGAAGGUGGGGAGCGGUGGAGCAAGCCACAUGUCUCCACCCUGUCCUUGCACAGCCUGUUUGAGCUGCGCACCUGCUUACAGACCGGUGCCAUCAUACUGGACCUGGAGGGCUACUCCCUGCCCCAGAUUGUGGAUGAGAUUGUGGAGCGGCAGGUGGAGGAGGGUCUCAUCAGUCCUGAUCUGAGAGACAAGAUCAGCUACGUCCUGCUGCGAAAGCACCGGCACCAGACCAAGAAGCCCAUCCAUCGCUCCCUGGCUGACAUCGGGAAGUCAUCCUCCUCGGGACGCAGUCCUGCGCGCUGCCCCCCUACAGGGGCCGGCUUCCAUCGCUCCACAGAGGAUCUGCGCAUGAAGCAGGCGGGCAGCUAUGGCCGUCUGCAUCAUGCCCAAAGCAGGAGUAUGAAUGAUAUUUCAGACACACCCAGCACAGACCAGCUGAAGAACAAGUUUAUGAAGAAGAUUCCUCGUGAUGCAGAGGCCUCCAAUGUGCUGGUGGGGGAGGUAGACUUCCUGGAAAAGCCCUUUGUGGUGUUUGUCCGCCUGGCCCAGGCCACCACCCUAGGGGGGCUGACAGAGGUGCCCGUUCCCACCAGGUUCCUGUUCGUGCUGCUCGGGCCCCAGGGCAAAGGGAAGUCCUACAAUGAGAUCGGCCGCGCCAUUGCCACUCUCAUGGUGGAUGAUCUCUUCAGUGAUGUGGCAUACAAGGCCCGGGACCGUGAUGACCUCAUCGCUGGCAUCGAUGAGUUCCUGGACGAGGUGAUUGUACUGCCACCAGGAGAGUGGGACCCCAAGAUCCGCAUCGAGCCCCCCAAGAAAGUGCCCUCAGCAGACAUGAGGAAGUCCGUCUUCUCUCUCAAUGAGCUGGGGCAGAUGAAUGGAACAGCAGGAGGGGGCGGGGGUGCCGCAGAGGAUGAAGAAAUGCCAGUGCCACAUGAACUGGGAGAGGAGCUGUCUUUUACUGGGAGGUUCUGCGGUGGUCUGUUUUUGGACAUCAAGCGGAAGCUGCCCUGGAUUCCCUCUGACUUCUAUGAGGGCUUCCACAUCCAGUCCAUCUCUGCCGUGCUCUUCAUCUACCUGGGCUGCAUCACCAAUGCCAUCACGUUCGGAGGACUGCUGGGAGAUGCCACCGACAACUACCAGGGGGUGAUGGAGAGCUUCCUUGGCACUUCCCUGGCAGGGACGGUGUUCUGCCUGUUCGGUGGCCAGCCACUCAUCAUCCUCAGCUCCACCGGACCCAUCCUCAUAUUCGAGAAGCUGCUCUAUGAGUUCAGCAAGACGAACAGCAUUGACUACAUGGAGCUGCGUCUGUGGAUUGGGUUACACUCCUGCCUCCAGUGCAUGAUUCUGGUUGCCACAGAUGCCAGCUACAUCAUCAAGUACAUCACACGCUUCACAGAGGAGGGCUUCUCCAGCCUCAUCUCCUUCAUCUUCAUCUCCGACGCCAUCAAGAAGAUGGUGGGCGCCUUCAAGUACUACCCCAUUAACAGGGAGUUCAAGCCUGACUAUGUCACGGCGUACAAGUGCGAAUGCCUGGCUCCAGACCCAGGUGAGCCCAUCUUCAUUGCAUGGGACAAAUACAAUGUCACAGCCCUGGACUGGAGCCAGCUCAGUAAGAAGGAAUGCCUGAAGUACGGGGGUUCCCUGGUGGGCAAGUCCUGCAAGUAUGUCCCAGACCUGGCACUCAUGUCGUUCAUCCUCUUCUUUGGCACCUACUCCAUGACCGUCUCACUCAAGAAGUUUAAGUUCAGCCGUUAUUUCCCCACCAAGCUUCGGAAGCUCAUCAGCGAUUUCUCCAUUUUCAUGUCAAUUAUGACAUUUGUGGGCCUCGAUAUGUUAAUGGGGCUCAAAACUCCCAAGCUCAUUGUGCCAACAGAGUUUAAGCCGACACGCUCAGACCGCGGCUGGAUCGUGAUGCCGUUCGGGAAGAACCCCUGGUGGAUAUACCUGGCCAGCUUUGUCCCCGCUCUCCUUGUCACCAUCCUCAUCUUCAUGGACCAGCAGAUCAGCGCUGUCAUUGUGAAUCGCAAGGAGAACAAGCUCAAGAAAGGGUGUGGGUACCACUUAGAUCUCUUCUGGGUGGGGAUCCUGAUGGCUGCCUGUUCCUUCAUGGGGCUGCCAUGGUACGUGGCGGCCACUGUCAUCUCCAUCGCCCACAUCGAUUCCCUGAAGAUGGAGAGCGAGAGCAGCGCACCAGGGGAGCAGCCACAGUUCCUGGGAGUACGGGAGCAGAGGCUGACAGGGAUCCUGGUGUUUGUACUGACUGGGGUCUCCAUCUUCCUUGCUCCCAUACUGCAGUUCAUCCCCAUGCCAGUUCUCUACGGUGUAUUCCUUUACAUGGGGGUGGCCUCUCUCAAUGGCAUCCAGUUCUGGGACCGGAUCAAGCUGUACCUGAUGCCAGCCAAACACCAGCCUGAUUUCAUCUACCUGCGCCAUGUGCCGCUGCGGCGAGUCCAUCUCUUCACGCUGGUGCAGAUCGUCUGUCUGGCAGUGCUGUGGAUCCUCAAGUCCACUGUGGCGGCCAUCAUCUUCCCUGUCAUGAUUCUGGGCCUGAUGGUGGUGCGGAAGAUGCUGGACCUGGUGUUCUCCCAGCACGACCUGGCCUGGCUUGACGACAUCCUGCCUGAGAAGGACAAAAAGAAGAAGGAGGAUGAAAAAAAGAAGAAAGACAAGAAGAAGCCCAAAGGAGGGGAGGAUGACAGCGAAGAAGAGGAGAAAUACCACCCUCACUCUAACUGCUCCCCUGAUGAGUCAGACCUGGACCGCAGCAUUACGCUGCACCUGAAGAUCUCCUGUCCUCCGUCCCCGGCUGGGCCCCUGACCCGCGGAGUGUCCUGCCCAGUGCCCCAGGUCAAGAUCGAGAUGGAGUCUGACAACGAGGACACUGACAUUUACCCCCGCCAGCGGGACAUGGGCAGCGAAACUACACUAUAG